AUGUCUCAAUCUAGUGCUUUUUCUCGUGUUUUAGCAGUUACCGGUGCUCUAACAGCUUUAUCUCUAACUGGUUAUGCUAUCUAUUUUGAUUACCAAAGAAGAAAUAAUCCAGAGUUUAGAAAAGGUUUAAAACGUGAAUUAAAAAAACAGGCAAAGGCUUUGAAAUUGGAAGAAGAAGAAGCUAAACAAAGGAAGUUACAAGAAGUUGGUGAAGCUUUAACUAAAGACUUGGCUACUGAUCCAUUACCUACUGAUCCAGCACAAAGAGAAGCUUCCUUUGCCACUAAUGUCGAAUUGGGUGAACGUUUAUCUGUUGUUCCUGGUAAAGAAUUAGAAGCUGCUUGUAAGUUCUAUAAAGCUUUAAGUGUAUACCCUAACCCAGCUGAUUUAUUAGGCAUAUAUCAAAGAAGUGUACCAGAAAACAUUUAUGAAUAUAUCGUAUUGAUGAUUGCUGUAUACCCUCCAACUAACAUCGCCUCAAUUAUAAACGGUGUCCAAAAUCCAACUGCUGCUGUCAGUGAAGCUGAAUUAGCCGCAAUGUCUAAAGUUAAUGAUAUUGACGAAUAA